GCUUCAUUUCCAGAAAUGUCUUUCAGGACUAAACCAGAGCAGCUCUGGUGUCAUAAGUUUGACUUGGAGGGUUUCAAAGCAGCUAUGACGAUGGUUUUUGCUGUGCAAGAGAUCAACAGAAACCCAAACCUGCUUCCUUAUAUAAAGUUAGGCUAUCAAAUGUAUGACAACUGUGUGAGGCUGGAUGUGGCAUUCCGAGCUGCCACAGCUCUUGUCAGCGGAACUGAAAAGUCUUUUUCCAUGCAGAAUUGCACUGGGUCACCUCCUGUGUUAGGGAUUGUGGGGGAUCCUGGGUCUACUCACUCUAUUACCAUAUCUAGUGUACUGGGACUGUUCCGUGUUCCAAUGGUAAGUUUCUUUGCCACCUGUUCCUGCUUAAGUGAUAGAAGGCACUACCCCUCUUUUUUCAGGACUAUUCCCAGUGAUGCCUUCCAAGUGAGAGCUAUGAUUCAGAUAUUAAAGCACUUCAGGUGGACAUGGGUGGGUCUUAUCUAUAGUGAUGAUGACUAUGGCCGACAUGCUGCUCAGUCUUUUCAUGAAGAUGUCACAGCAUUUGGUGGCUGUGUAGCAUUCUCAGAAGUGCUGCCCAAAGACAAUAAUAUUGUGGAUAUCAGAAAAAUAAUGCAGGUUAUUAAGACGUCCACUUCUCGAGUGAUUGUGGUCUUUUCAACUGGGUCAUACCUACUGCCCCUAAUGGAUGAAGUAGUUCGUCAGAAUGUGACACGGCAGUGGAUUGCCAGUGAGGCAUGGUCCACUUCUACUGCAUUUCUUAUCCCUCGCCUGCUUCCUUUAUUCAGAGGCACUCUGGGCAUUGCCAUCCGGCGUGGAGAGAUUAAAGGACUGAAAGAGUUCCUAUUGAGUGUCCACCCUGACAGCAAUACAUACAGUAUGGUGAGAAGAUUCUGGCAGGAGAUGUUCAGUUGCAGGUUUGAGCUAGAAGAGGCCUUGGCCGUAUCUGAGGGAAGAGUCUGUACAGGAGAGGAGGACCUGAGCAAAGCUGACUUGGCGUACAGCGAUGUGUCUGAUCUCAGACCCUCCUACAAUGUCUAUAAAGCAGUCUAUGCCCUGGCACAUUCUCUCCACAACCUGAUGAGCUGUGUCCCUGGGCAAGGGCCCUUUAAAGGGAAUAGCUGUGCCAGUCUACAUGACAUGCAACCCUGGCAGCUGCUUCACUACCUACAGUCAGUGAACUUUACAACAAGUUUUGGGGAUCAAGUGUCUUUUGAUGAAAAUGGCGAUGCCUUGGCCAUCUAUGACAUCUUGAACUGGUAUGGAAUGCCAGAUGGGACAAUGAAGGCCAGAACAGUGGGUGUUGUUGAUGAAUCCCAACCAACCGGGAAACCUCCUAGGUCAGUGUGCAGUGAGUCCUGCCACCCUGGAACUAGAAAAGCCAGAAGGAAAGGACUACCUGUCUGCUGCUUUGAUUGUCUCCCUUGUGCAGAUGGAGAGAUCAGUAACGCUACAGAUUCUCUUGAAUGCUUCCGAUGUCCGAAGGAGUUCUGGUCAAGCCUGGAGAAAGACCAAUGUGUCUCAAAGGAGGUUGAGUUUCUCUCCUAUGAAGAGGCUUUGGGCAUCUCCUUGACAACAGUGUCCCUCCUUGGGGUGUGCAUUGCUGCUGUGGUCCUUGCAAUAUUUGUUCACCACCGUCAUACUCCUGUAGUACGAGCCAACAACUCCGAGCUGAGCUUCCUGAUUCUGCUUUCACUAAAACUCUGUUUCCUGUGUGCACUGCUGUUCAUUGGCCAGCCCAGGCUAUGGACCUGUCAGCUCCGCCAUGCAGCAUUUGGUAUCAGUUUUGUACUCUGUGUCUCUAGCAUUCUGGUCAAAACAAUGGUUGUGAUUGCAGUUUUUAAGGCCUCAAGACCUGAAGGAAAAGGGGCCAUGAAGUGGUUUGGAGCAGCCCAGCAAAGAUGCACUGUCCUCAUCCUAACUUCUGUCCAAGUGGCCAUCUGUGCAAUAUGGCUCUCCAUUGCUUCUCCUACCCCUCACAAAAACACUCACUACCAGAGCUCCAAGAUUGUGUUUGAAUGUGCUGUUGGCUCAGUGGCAGGUUUUGCUACAUUGUUGGGCUACAUAGGCCUUCUAGCAGCCAUUAGUUUUUUGUUAGCAUUCUUAGCAAGAAACCUCCCAGAUCAUUUCAAUGAGGCCAAGUUCAUUACCUUCAGCAUGCUCAUCUUCUGUGCUGUGUGGAUUGCUUUUGUUCCUGCCUAUGUCAGUUCACCUGGUAAGUAUGCAGAUGCUGUGGAGAUCUUUGCAAUCCUGGCCUCCAGCUUUGGCCUACUCAUGGCUAUUUUUGCUCCAAAGUGCUACAUAAUUCUCUUGCACCCAGAGAGAAACACCAAAAAGGCACUGAUGGGUCGAGCCUCUAAAUGA